UAUCAGCUAGAACAAAAAGCAAGAAAUCUCAUCGGAUUUUAGACAGCGACAAGUACUUCAAGAGCGUAUUCAAGUGUUUGUCAAUUGUCUCAAGAUGACUUCUAGGAUUUUUCUCACAGCAUUAUGUCUAUUUAAAGGUAAAAGAAAUAAAUGGUUCGAUUCGUCGUUCUAACUCUCAUGAGUCGCUUUAGGAACUCGGAUCGCCUAACUUGUAUGUUUGCACUGAUGUCUGCUUCACACGCCAAUAAAGCCACACAAAAUUCUUAAUGUUCCCAGGGUAGAUCAUACUAUGUAAAAGUAACCUAUAGGUAGCGAGGGCAUUUUCAACACCUCUUCUGUUGUAGCUAGCUAGCUGAACAUCAAAAUGCUGCAGUUAGUAAAGUAAGUAUCAGUAUGUUACCGAGCCGAUUAAUAUAAAGUGCAUAUCACUGUAGCGUGAGAUUAAAUCACCUAUAUAAUUUAGUGACGCAGAUAAACGAGACUUUGAUUGAAGUUCGUCGAUUCUAUGGACUAAAGUUUUCUUGCCUACAUGCAAGUUCUACCGUGGAUUCUCAAGUCCAAAUAUUCAUGUCAUCUUCGCGUGCAGAUACGGAACCCGAAAUUUCAUGGUAAUGCAACCUCAAAAACAUGACACUUCAGCGAGGUUUAACUGAAUAUAUUGACAAAUAACUAGAGGGAAAUAGUUUCGACGCCUAACAUGGUCCAGUUUUAGAAAAGGAUUCUUUGUUUCCUCAAGGUCGAGAAAUUCAGUUUACAUUGGGUCACUGGAUCGCGCCUUGCGUUUGUGAAGCCACUGACAAAAAGUACUUAUUAUAACUUCCUAACUUCCUCUCCACCAUCACUUUAUCAUUAUCACUUAUAAUCAUUUGCCUGGACCAGAAGGAAAACCCCAAAUAAUUCAUUCCUUAACCGCAAAAGUGACAUCAAAGCUGUCAGUUUGAUAGCAUUACUUCAUUAAAAAAGCAAGAUUCUGCUCUCAACUAGUUUCUGACUAACUGUUUUGACACAGAGAGUGUAGUGUAACAAUUAGUCCAUUUUGUUGUAAUCAUGUUUCGCUAGAUUAUCAGAAUAUGAAGACCUAAUAAUUACAAAUGGCAAAAGCUGUCAGAAUAAGCAUGAGAAACACUUUCGGAAGCGGUCUUUUCCAUGUUAGACACGGUUUUCGUGUUAGGAAAAGAAUUACCAAACAAAAGACCUGAGCAAAUAUGAUUGGCUGACAAGGUUAUAUUUGAUUCCUGAGUUGUCACUGUUUUCAGUUUAGAAUGAGAAAAAAAUGAGCCUUCAGUGGGCUUGGUGCCAGAGAGUAUUCUAAAUAUAACUUGAGUUUUCUUUGAUAUGCUUAUAACUGUUUUCAGCUUUAUCUAAAUUCGUUCUACAAUUUCAGAUACAUAAUUACAAAAUAAUUACAUGACACUGAUGUUUUUCAGGAUCACUGGCUUGUUUAUUUUCGAUUUAUUUAUUAAAUUCUUAUAGUUUUUAUUUUCAGGAUAUUAGAAAGAAAUAUUGCAGAACACUACGUUCUAAUAUCUCUAAGUGACCCUUAAAAAGAUGUUGCAUGUUCGCACAACCUAAGACCAAUCAUGGCUUAUGAUAUAAAAAGAAGAGAUAAUCUCAGAUAUUGCAGUCUACAAAAUAUAUUAUUCCCAUCUUGUCGGAUGCUUCGAGACAUUGAUAUUUGUAGCCUUUUUUAAAAAUAUACUUAGCGCUAAAAUUGGUCCUUGGUCAUGGGAAAUACUUGUGACAAAAAUUAGUAACAAAGGAUGCAUUUUUUGACUCUUUAGUCUUUUUACCCAUCUGUGGACGACGGCCUUAAUCUGCGAGGGCGUUAUGAUCAUGACAGUGUGUUUAUGUCGUAUCUGGGUGACUAAUGGAUUCAAACGAAUUGAGCGCUAACGUAAGAGGACUUUUUGCGGAGUUGAUGAAGCAAAGUUCAUGGCCGUCGCAAAGUUAACAAGAGGGCCAUAAGAGAGAGAGCCUUUGAGCAAGGCUCAGGGCGCUCUAUGGACAGCAGGACACAAAAGGAAGGAGCUCUCCCUCCUUUUGCGCCCGUCGUCAGAGCGUCCAAGAGAGCUUACUCGCAGGUUAUAGGAGAAAUUGUCCGAGAGACUCUUAAUCAGAGCGCCAGCCUUUUAAUUUAAUCUCUUCACGUGGCCCACUUACGUUGUAACUUGGUCAAUGAAACCNAGAAUGAGAAAAAAAUGAGCCUUCAGUGGGCUUGGUGCCAGAGAGUAUUCUAAAUAUAACUUGAGUUUUCUUUGAUAUGCUUAUAACUGUUUUCAGCUUUAUCUAAAUUCGUUCUACAAUUUCAGAUACAUAAUUACAAAAUAAUUACAUGGCACUGAUGUUUUUCAGGAUCACUGGCUUGUUUAUUUUCGAUUUAUUUAUUAAAUUCUUAUAGUUUUUGUUUUCAGGAUAUUAGAAAGAAAUAUUGCAGAACACUACGUUCAAAUAUCUCUAAGUGACCCUUAAAAAGAUGUUGCAUGUUCGCACAACCUAAGACCAAUCAUGGCUUAUGAUAUAAAAAGAAGAGAUAAUCUCAGAUAUUGCAGUCUACAAAAUAUAUUAUUCCCAUCUUGUCGGAUGCUUCGAGACAUUGAUAUUUGUAGCCUUUUUUAAAAAUAUACUUAGCGCUAAAAUUGGUCCUUCGUCAUGGGAAAUACUUGUGACAAAAAUUAGUAACAAAGGAUGUAUUUUUUGACUCUUUAGUCUUUUUACCCAUCUGUGGACGACGGCCUUAAUCUGCGAGGGCGUUAUGAUCAUGACAGUGUGUUUAUGUCGUAUCUGGGUGACUAAUGGAUUCAAACGAAUUGAGCGCUAACGUAAGAGGACUUUUUACGGAGUUGAUGAAGCAAAGUUCAUGGCCGUCGCAAAGUUAACAAGAGGGCCAUAAGAGAGAGAGCCUUUGAGCAAGGCUCAGGGCGCUCUAUGGACAGCAGGACACAAAAGGAAGGAGCUCUCCCUCCUUUUGCGCCCGUCGUCAGAGCGUCCAAGAGAGCUUACUCGCAGGUUAUAGGAGAAAUUGUCCGAGAGACUCUUAAUCAGAGCGCCAGCCUUUUAAUUUAAUCUCUUCACGUGGCCCACUUACGUUGUAACUUGGUCAAUGAAACCCAUUUAUUUCUCACAGAAGAAUUCGUUAUUUUACGAGAAAUUGAACAGCUAACCUUGAUCACCGACUACGAUACCGCACUGCUUUGAUCCAAAGCUAAGAUUCCAAAUAUAUAUUCUCCUCUAUCGAUGUCCCGACCUUAAUUAUUCAUGUAUUAUUAAUUACACCUUCCUAAUGGCCUUUACAUAGUUUUCCUUUUGUUGUUGUUUUUUUUUCUGCGUCGCGCCAGACUAAAGCAUUAAAUCUAUUUAUCUCUUUUUUGAUGGAGCAGGUCUUCCGGGAUUUUAAUUCCGUUUGUCUAUUAAUGUAGACGUAUCGUCUUUAUCUGUUUUCGGCCUAUUAUGCACAUUUUCAACUGAGCCACCGUGGGUUUUCAGAAAUUUAAGGUGGCCCCGAACUGCUGCCUCGUGGGGUCACCGAAUUCACGGUCUUUUCAUUUCUCUUUCUCUUUAUCUACAAUAGAAUAACCUUGGUGUCUCACCUCUUCUUUUCUACAUCACAAGUUCUUAAUUACCUUGUUUAUUUCUUGGUUGUGACUUUCUAAAAAUAAUAUAUACUUAGCAUAAGCAUUCAAGCAUACAUUUCUGACAAAUUAAAUAUUGUCGGUUGAGAUCGCCGUGGUUUUUCAGCAAGCCGACACAUUUUAGACCAAAGUCCGAACCCACGAGCGGUUUACCGCGACGUUAGAAAUAUGAAGACUUGAACGAAACUGUAAACCUCCCAUGAAAAGUCUCUUGCACCAGGGUAUAGAAAAGGGUUUGGACCACUUAAACUGACAAAUGUCUACAUUAGACUCCUGAGGGAGAAGAUCAUCCUAAAAGGGUUAAUAAAGAUAACGCGCCCAUCCCGGUAAAGCCACAGUCAUCGUCAAAAGUGUUUGGAAGGCAGCUACUCUUUGCCUUUUUUGAUCUUUUUCCCGUCGUCCCUGGCCUAAUGUUGAACAAAACUUGAGUGUUUGUGCGGGUAAUUGCUCUUUUAUAUCCCAAACUUGAAUAUGGGGGUGGGGAGACAGGGGAUAUUUAGCAAAAGGGAAAGCCAUCUUUUGAACAAUAAAAUGAACUACCGUUAAGUUCUACAACCUUCCAAACUACUUUUGUCUUGGAUUGUAGCUAGUCCUGCGUAGAUCAUUUAAGAGAAAAAAAAGGACGGAGUCCUAACGGUCUGCGUAGGUAUAUCCCAGCUAAAAGGAGACGGGGAACGCUCUGAUUGGUCAAAUAUCUCUUGCAAACAACUAAGAAGACAUUUCCUGUAACUUACUUGUCUUUCUUUUCAAUAGUCACUUGGAAGAAGCUCGCACCACAGGUCCCGGAAGACAACUAUGCAUUGUCAGGACCACAGUUACUGUCGCAAGCGCGAGCUGUGUCACAGCGUCUUCAAGAUUUGUUUCCCUAAGCAAACGCACAGAACAAGAAUGAAACUAACGAAAAAUACUAGAACAUCACCCUCCUGCAAGAGCAACGAUGAUUGCCGCCGAAAUCAAUCUUGCCAUGCAAUUUUUGGGACCUGCGUGGACAUUCCUCGUAUGCAACCAACUAUAGCAACCAAGUCUCGUGCAGCCAUUCACAUGUGCAAUGAUAAUUCUGAAUGCCCCGGCGGGCAAUACUGCCACGACUUUUUUAAUAUGUGCUUGCCAAAUCUCACAUUGUACUUUAAACCUACAAGUUCCCCACCUGUCCCUGACUGCAGAUCAAAUACGGACUGCAAAAGCGGAGAAUUCUGCCACAACUUGAGCCGUUUAUGCCUACCAUUUCCCACACCAGCCACAACGGAUCCAACUCGAAAAGGUUCGUAUGCCUGUAGUUCUCAUGCCGACUGCAAGAUGACAGAAUUCUGCCAUUUUCUGAUUGGCAUGCGGCGACGAGAUCAAACUAGAACUGGCGCCCAAGACAAAACGCUCAAGAAUGCUCUCGGUGUGUGCAUCGCUCGGGCCUUGAAGGAAGUUCCUGACGAUCCAAGCCCGGUCUUUUUAAAUUGCAGUCAGAGUUCAGAAUGCGGAAAGGGGAGAUGUUGCCUGAGUGACCUAGGGUUAUGCGUUGGCUAUCGCCUGCCUGGACAACUUUGUGUUGCAGAGGUGAGUGUAGAAAAUUGUAACAUAUUUAACUGAAUAGCAAAAAAUAAACUGAAGCCUGUUAAAAUGUCGUGGAAGCGCAAUGCUAUAGUGGCCAACAUAUAGCCUAUCGACUUGGAACUCAACAGCUGUUUGAUCGACGUUGUUUGGAAAAGGCAUUUUAUUCCACGUUGCCUCGUCUGCGUGGGAAUGCGUACCAAAAGGGUUAUGAUUGGGUUUACCCUGCGAUGGCGCAGCAUUCGUUUCUAGAUGGAGCGGUAUCACCUUUGGCUUAUCAUCAAUGGAAAGUACUCAGGCCCGACCACUAACCGGGGAGACGUCGGUUCGAUUCUGGCUCGAGACUGAACAGGUCUGUUUUUCUGUCCAGAUGAGGUGUGUAUGAGGAAAGGUGUCUCACAUAAAUAUAAUUUAUUAUGGUAAAAUUAGUUAUAUUUAAACUGAAGAAUGGUAUAUGGGAUAUAACUAAGAUUACUGUAGCCCUUCCCAUACUGGGGAGUUACGUCUUGAUGCCAUAGUGUAUGACAUUGGUCGUAUCAGAACAAAAAGUGGAUGGCCACCAUAAUGUCUGACAAAUGUCAGACAUUUCCAGUUUAAUGCUUAUACGCAGAUGCCUUUUGGUCGCCGUAUGUAAGGCAGACAUUAUUAUAUUCAUUAUCAUUAUUAUUCUAUUAUUAUUAUAUUGAUUUAGCUUCCUUAUUUCUGCUAAACUUGGACGCACAAUGUUAGUGGCUGAAUUCUCCAUGACUACGAUGCACCACUGACUCUCAACUACGUAAUUCCAGUGUUUCUCAUAAGGAAAGUUUUUUUCUGCUCUUAACUUUAGUCUUCGUACCUAAAAUUACUUUGAACGCUUAGAACACAUCUAUAAUUUCUGUAAGUUACAGUAUGUUUAAUUGUUUUAUCGUUUAGGAAGUGUCAUUUUCUUGUCCUUGCUUGCCCGGAUUUACCUGUAUCAGUAGAAGACGCCCAAUGCGGAUGAGAAGGCUUCAGAAAAAGCUAAAGCUAACAAACGAGGAAAUAAAGAAGUUGAAUUUAACAACGACCGAGUUCAAGGUUGGGAAGUGUCAGCUCCUGUCAGAUUAAAAUGUACAACUGAUUUUACUUCAACAGAGAACGUGUAACAGAGGAUAUAGA